AUGGAUAGCUUUAGUGUUUUGACAUUACAAGCUAAUAAAAACACGAUCUCCACAAGGCAGGAACACGACCGCGGAUAUAGAAAUAUACUCGCAAACGAAAUUAUCAGCCUAGGAGACCAUGCCAAUCCUAAGUACCCCAAUCCUAUUCGUCACAAGUCUCGCAUUACCAAUAACUGCCCCCUUCUCUCAACGAGUAGCACAGCACUCUCAUUUACUCUGACCAUCACCGUCCCAGUUCCUCCAAUGCGGCCUUCUACAUUGCCAGGAGGCAGUCUCUCCUUCCCAACCCCUGCGACUACGUUUACAUAUUUCUCCACCAGUCAGCACGAUGUUACCGACGGUUUUGCCGACGAUGCCCACUGCAAGGUUCUCGACGAAGAGCGCUGCGGUGUGGGGGCCGUGUUUGCCUAUUCCUGGGACGAUGAUUUGUGCGGAGACGACGCUGGACACCACGGUUAG